UUAACACGGUGGAAGCACACGGUGGAAGAACACGGAUGGCGGCUCCAGCUCCAGCUCCAGCUCCAUUUCCAGAUUCCCACAAUGAUGAGUCGCUACUGAGGUCCGGCCACGCCCUGGCUUGCGCGAUUUCAUGGGGGAUCCUCGUCCCAAUGCUCGUCUACAGGGAGAAUUUCCUGCCCAGUCCCCUGCCGCGAUCUCACAUCCUUCUCAAGGCGGCGCUCUACGCCAUCGCCGCGGCCGCGACGGCGAUCGGGUUCUGGGCGAGCGUGAUCUCUCACGGCGGCAUCGCCAACCACAAAGCCCACUUCGGCAUCGCGAUCGCGCUGCUGGCGAUGGCAUUUCUCCACCUGGUGGGAGUCAAACAUCGGGUGUGGGGCAUCGAAAUCUUUGGUCUCGUCGUCAUGGUUCUCGCCAUCACCGAUGUGUUUGGUGGAUUCGGGAUCCUCCGGCCGCACCGCGUGUGGCGAAUCGCCUACGUUUCGAUCAUCGCCACGCUCAUCGCCAUUGUGGGCUGCUCGAUGUGCUGCCUCUACUGCUGCUUCCAGGGAGGGGUGCUCUGUUUCUUUACGUUUAGGAGGCAUGUACAGGCCGAGGAUGAUUUCUAGCUUUGAUCUUGCGAGACAGAGCAAUGGAAUUUCUUCAAUUUCUUCAAGAAAACAGAGUGGAUCUCGCUCUAGGAAUUGGCUAAAUAGGCCGAGGAUGAA